AUGCGCUGCUCCCGUGCCACAUACCCACUGGCCUGUCAUACUCGGGAGCGGAAAGAUGAGUCAUGGGAGGACCUGUCGAACGAGCUGUGGGGAGAACUCAAAGACGAGAUCAAGGCAGAGGUAAAGUAUGAAUUGAGCAAGGAGCUCCGAUAUGAAUGGAAGAUGACGCUGCACGAGGAGCUGAACGAGGAGCUGGACGAGGAGCUGAACAAGUUCGAAUACGACGAUGGAAAGGAAAUGAUGCAACAAUUGGGAUACGAAACAGAUUAG